AGGCACUAACUUCCGGCAUUUCUUAGACGGGAAUAUUUCAAAUGAUACUGAGCGUAACAUAUUUGACAAACCUUAUUAUAGAGGCGAAGUAAGUUUUUAUUUGCGUCACUUCGCUUCAUCCGACGGACGAAAUCGACGCGCAUGCUUUUCAGGCAAGCGAACGUUGUCUUUCAAGAGGAAGCACGCGAGGCAGAUUUUCUACCGUUGUAAGGCGAACCCGAGAGGACCAUGGCCGAGAAUAGUAAGAUGGGUCCGAACCUGCAGGCCGGUGCUGGAUUCCUUGCCAAAAGGGUCCAGAAGUCAUUGAAUCGCGCACAAGAAAAGGUCCUUCAAAAACUGGGCAAAACUGUGGAGACCAAGGAUGAACAUUUUGAGCUUUGCCUGCAGAACCUCAACAAACAGCAGGUCGAUGGAAGCAGGUUGCUUAAAGAUAUUAAGGCCUACUACAGUGCUGUGAAAGCUGUACACGAGACAUCGAAGCGGCUGUCUCAGACUUUGCAAGAUGUCUACGAAGCUGACUGGAACGGAGUGGAGGACCUUGCCGUCAUUAUCGGAAGUGAAGAUUUACUGUGGAACGACUAUGAGGAGAAAAUGAAUGACCAGAUUGUGCGCACCAUGGAAAACUAUACAAGCCAAUUUCCAGAGGUCAAGGAAAGAGUCGCAAAGCGUGGCAGAAAGCUGGUGGACUAUGAUUCAUCACGUCAUCACGUGGAAGCGCUGCAGGGUGCCAAGAAAAAGGACGAUGUUAAAAUAGCGAAGGCAGAGGAGGAGUUCAACAAAGCCCAGAUUGUCUUUGAAGAGAUCAAUAAUGAGCUGAGGGAGGAGCUGCCUCUUCUAUAUCAGAGCCGCAUCGGUUGCUACGUGACAGUGUUCCAAAACGUUUCAAAUCUGAGAGAUGUCUUCUAUAAAGAAAUGAGUGUGCUGAACAGGGAUUUGUACAAUGUGAUGAAGAAACUCGAAGAUCAGCACUCUGGAAAAGCUUUCAUCAUAAAGGGUUUGACCAGCCCCGCAGGGAAGUCAAAGAAGAGAAAGUCCUUGGUGAUCUCCAAUCCGAUCCCAUGCAACACGGCUUUCCCAUCUGAUCACGUGUCCAUCCAUUCCACAGCCCAAAACGGGAAAAACGCUUUACCCACCUCUCCUGGUCCACAAACUCAACGCAACGCCGGCGAAAUCAGUAUCGUCGAGGAUAGUAGCGUCCCGACCAAAAGCGGCCAAUCCUCAGAGUCUGACCUGAGUUCCUGUGGCACCAACACACCCAAAAGGCAGUCGGUGUGCAUCAGUGAGCCCGGCGAACAGAGCGCGACAAUUGAAAGUCUCGAGGAGGCCGAGGCGGUCGCCGGACUAUCGACGAAUCAGCCGGAUAACUCCGGCGUGGCGAAAUCGGACGUCGCGGGUCAAGAAACAUCCACCUCCUCGGAUGGCGAGGGACGUGAUGCGCCCCUCGUUCCCGAGCAGGAGGAAAGUGCAAGCCAAGCGCCGUCAGAGGAAGAAGCCAAGACCAAUACGGCACCGGUUCCCGCCCCCCGUCUAUCUUUCCGCUCAGAGAAAGGUCCUCUGCUGCCCGCUGAGGAGCAACGGGAAGAGAUGGAAGGAGCAUCGGACAUCAAGGAGACGGCGGGCUCACGUGACGACUGCGACAGCCAUUUCCCACCUGGCUUUCUGUACAAGGGGGUGGCGCUAAAGAGCCACGCAGCGUCUGAAGGUGGCCAGCUCCAGUUUGAACAGGGAGAAAUAAUUCUGGUGUUUGCCGACACGCAGCAGGAAGGUCUGUUGAAAGGAGUUCGGGAGGAGAGCUGGCAACUCUACAGAGAUCUAGAAAAUCACGCUGGGACUUUCUCAGAAGACCUCAUUGGGCCUGUUGAGAAAGAUUGACGCAAUACAGUAUUCGCUCCUUCCUCCCAUGAGUAGUUGAGUGACUCAUGUGUAUACACACACACACACACACACACACACACACACACACACACACACACACACACACACACAUAUGUGCGCGAGCGCAAAUGGUCCAAAUUGUUUUGGGUGUGGAAGCUGCACAAACAAAUCUUCCAAGUCCUCUGUGGAUACUUCGCAUGUUUUGAUGUUGUAACUUGUGGAACAAAAUGAACUGCGAAGUUGAACUGAAUUUUUGUAGAGACUCUUUGGAUAACUCAAGUGAACACUUUUUAAUAUUUUCAGUGUUUGUAUUUUUAUUCUUCUCAUGGAACACUGUGAAACCGUUUUUUUUUUUUUUUUCUAAAUGCAGUUUGUAAUAUUUGUCAAUAAAGGUCAAGUUGAAGAAAAGCUUA